GCGAGCAGGCUGGGAGCGCUGCGGGGCGUGGAGUUACAUGCUCUGAAGCUCCUCUUGCAUUUGAGUUUGGUUGCAUGGAAGCUGUUUCAAAUGGCGUCAGAAAGAGAAAGCAAGGUUAAGGAGAGCCAAUCUGAGGGUCUUCCAACUCCUUUCCAGGGCUGCAGGACAUUACAGUGGGGAGCCAUACUCUCUGCAGUGAAAGACCAAAUUCCAUCUCUGGACUCUGACACCUCAGUGUCUGACUGUGAGGAUGAUGGGGAGCUCUUCAUUUUCCAGCGAGAUGAACCCAAUCUGAUCCCUGACUUGUCAGAAGACCUUGAAGAUAUUUCUCUUGAACACCUGGACAUGCAGCAAAUCCUAGAAACUAUGAGACCCCCAAGAGAGAUGUGGAACGGAGGUGGAGAAAGAUUAGAUUUUCAGAAAGUAAUGGAUGACACUCAACCUGUGGCAAGAGAACGCACACCAUUGUCUAGGAAUGAGUCAGAUGCAUUUACCAGCGUGACUGGAGAAACUCUAGACAAAAGUGCAGCAUUCCUUCCAGAAUUCCUUGUAGAUCCCACAGAUCAAGUUCUUAAAAUGAAAGAAUUAGGCAGUGAAAAAAAGGAGGAAACCGAGGAAUUCGGGAUGAAUAACAAACCCUCUAGGAGAAAGCUGUACUUUGGAGAAUCAAACACCAAUGCGGAGGAGAGAAGAAAGAUGAUAGAAACAAAAAUACUCUCUAAAAUAACCUUGGAGCCGUCUCCUAGAAAUGUAGGUCACCCAGAGCUAAAUAUCAACUCGCCCUUGGAGACCAAUAGUGACAAUUUAGACAGAUUCCCUCAUGCAGGAAAUGAGCAAGGAGCCUCUUCAGGUGAACACCCUCGAGGGCUAACACUCUUUUCUUUGCAGGAUAUUGAGAAGUGGGAUCUAGACAAGAUUCUCAAGAACCUGGAACAUCAGGAUGAUGGAACUCACUCAGAAGAACCUGCUUUCCCUUCAGUGGAUCACAAGACUUGGAUUGCUAGAUCUGAAAGUAGGCUCAUGGCAAAGCUAGAAGAGUUGUGUGCCAAGCAGUCCAAGGCAUUGGCCCUACAGCACAGAAGGUCAUCAUCAGCCAAGAAAAAAAUUGUCUGCAUACCACCUCCACCAAGCUGUCGAAGUAUGAAGAUAGUGGAACUACAGUACCAUGCAGAGCCCCAGACAGUAUAUAUAGAUUUAAGGGAUGCUAAACCACAGAAAUCUGAGUUGCCACCCAAUGAAAAGAUGAGCUCAAGUGAAAGCUCCACAGAUGAGGAGGAAGAUAUGAUGGCUGAGAAGCAUCACAUCGCUAAGGAAAUAAUACCAGAUUCUUCCCUGGGAUUACGGGAUUGCACUGGGAAAAGUCUGCUAUUACAAAAGCUUCAUCAUUACCGUAAAGAAGCACCUCAGCCUCCUGCUAAGGCUUCAAAGCAAGUCAAAAGAGAUGGAGUUAGGCAGAAGUUUGAGAGUCUAGAAGGAAAAAACACUCUGAAAAUCAAGAGAAAGCAAUGUCUAAAAGUGAGAUGGGAAGCAGACAAGGUGAUUUCCAGGGUGCCAGUGAGAUCUGAACCAGAGAAAGGAAAUCUUUUUCCAGGCCAUGUGAACCAUGGGACUGACCAUUCAAGAGAAAUUCAGCAAGAGACAGAGGAAGCUUCACAUUCAGAAAAUGCUCCAGAGCCCCCUCUCAAUAAAGCAACAAGGGCAGAAGAAAGCCAGAGAGAGCUGUCCCAAAAAGAAAAGCAGAUGAAAGAAAAACAUAGAAGGCAGAAACUACAGGAGCAGUUGGAGAGAUUGCAGCCUCAGCACUCAGUUACUGGAAAGCAGCCCAUGGCAGAGAAAACACCUCUUCUGUUUCACAUGGAAGCUUCUUCUUUGCCAGAUAUUAACACAUUGCCUAGUCAUGACAGCAUGAAACAUGAGAUGCUUCUGAUGACAAUUUGGCUAUCCAGUUGUGGACAGGUAGCUGCCUUUGGUCAGCAUGAUGGACAUUUCCCAGAGACUGUAUUGACAGCAGCCAACAUCUAUCAAGCCCUUGUUACUUGGCUUCUCUCCUUGAUACCUUCCUUGAAACUGAAUGGUGGGAUCAAAGCUCCAUUCCAGGUGCUGGGGCUGCAGCAGAUCUGGCGAGAGGAUGGAUUAGCACUGUAUGCUUGCCUAAUUCCACCUGACAAAUCUCCAGCUCAGAACUGCAUCAAGAUCCAGAAGCACAAAGCAAAGGAAGACCUUGGAGGAACAUCCAUUUUUUACCAGCAGAUUUCCACUUUUCUAUCACAUACAUGGCUUCCAGAUGUUAUCUGGUGGGAAGCAGAACUGACCAAUUGCCUCCAGAACCAGCCAUAUUCACUCCUUCCUGAAAUUCCUACUGUUCGACUCAGCUGUGUUUCUACCAUUAACCCUGACCCUAAGGCAGUGGAGAAAGCAUUUGCAGUGCCAGCUGGGUUUUAUUGGCAGACCGUAGAAACUGAUGAAAAAUACUUCCCUAGCAGCAGUGACAUUGGGACUAGCAGAGAUAUAGAUACAGAGGUUGCCUUGGUGUUGCUAUUUGAAACCCUACUCCAAAACCCUUUGGCCACCCAUCACAUGCUACAGUUGAUUCUCAGUGCUGGUUUGGAUAUCUGUGGACUCCGCCUACUUUAUCCCCAGCACAACUUGCUGCUCUGUACCACAGAAGAGCUGCCUUCUGCUUAUUCUCCUGAGGCUGGCAAGGCACCACCAGUUCUGGCAUUAAGUUUGAGAGGGCCGAAAGCACGACACACCUUACAGGAUAUUGUAGGGCCUUCUGAUCCACAGCUGGCCCGUGUGACUGACUGCAGCUCCAUCAGUGCCCUCUAUUGUAGGAGCCGAGCUGAGCCUCUCGUCUACCUGCCCCGCACAGACAGCCGUGUCAACAGGGAGCUGUGCCUUUGGUUUGGAGGAAGAGUAUAUUCUGACACAGCACUUCAUGUUGGUGUCCAGAAUCCUGCCUGCAAAUAUAACAGAUCAAGGCCUCAGAGCCCUUCAUCAUGCAGAACAGAAGAACGGGAUGAUCUGCAGGGCAAGGCGCUGUCCAGUGCUCCAACAACACUUGUCUCGACCACCAAAGGAGAUGUCAUUUUGGUGGUCUCACCUGCUAUUCCUCCUCAUGCAUACGCUGAUGCGAUUUCAACUUGUACUCAGAGAGGGUUUAUUCUGCAGGGAAUCAGGCGGCUGUGGCUUUCACUUAAACAAGCCACUGUGCUUAGCAUGACAACAAGUCAGAUGGCUGUAUUUUGCCCUAAAAAGACUUCAAGUCCAGCUGAUAGGAGUUCCUCAAGAGAAGAAUUUCCACCUGAACCACGUUUGCACUGUCUGAUUUUGCUGCUGAGAAAGGAGAAUGUUGGCUAUCAUGUUCCUGCAUUAAUAAAAGGACUCAUGAAUGAACUGGCAGAAAAAGGUCUUCUUGCAGAGGUGCAAAGCAACCUGCCUCCUGAUGCUAGACUGGAGCCUGCAUUGUGUAUUCACGCAGCUCCCUACACUGACAGCUUAUUGCAGGCACUGGGAGGCAAUCUCAGUGCAGUGCCAGACCCAUGUAGCAUUCCUCUGAAUGUUUUAUGCAGUCAAACCUAUGCCUCUGAUCCUGAGAUGGAACAAGUUGUCAUCCUGACACUGAGUGGAAAUGAAGCCAUAAAGAAUGCCGGAGACCUUCUUCGCCAAAUCCUUUGCCCUUGCAACAAGAAGUCACCUGAAAAAUCAGAUGGGCUGGAUCCAGGAUUUGAGCUUCUGGGCCUCAAGUGGUUGCCCUGUCUCACUCGAAGUCAGGCCAAAGAAGUAACCCCUUUUGAGGUGGGAGAUACAUCCUGGCAAAGAAGCAUUGAUAAGCUGACAUCCCGCCCAGCCCUUGUAUGUGCAUUACGGAGACUCAAUGCCUUUGCGGUUCUUGCUGAGACACUGAAAAGACUAAUGCCACCUGGGGACAAACUAAGCACUGACAUUCAUCACCUACAGAGAGUGAUGGCCUUUACUCCAGAAACGGCCUUCAGACAGGCAAUACUUUUCUUCUAUGAGAAAGAUUUUAUAGCUGAUUCCAAACAUCGCCCUGCUUUGAAGUACCUGCCACCACCUGGCAGAGGCUCCAGGACUGAAGGGGGAGAAACUCAAAGAAGCAGUGUAGAAUCAGUGUUCACCUACAUGCAAGCAGGUGAGAGAGGCAAUAUAGAUCCAGCAAUCUUGGAAGCUUUUUGCAACUACCUCACCUCAGGCUCCUCCCUUGUGUUGUGCCUUCAGAGACAGAAUGCUGUGAAGAAGCUACUUGACUUAUUGGGGCCAGAGGAUCCUCACCUGGCCAGAGCACAAAAUCCAUUCCUUUGGAGGGCUCAGUAUGGCACCAGCUUAAUCCAAAAUGGAUUUUACGGAUCUGUAUCCUACCAAAUGGCUAUUCAGGAUAUGAAACUGUUUUUUCCAGAAGGCCUGUGUUGUGCUAAGUGCCAGGUAUUAGAAGAAGACAAGAUCUGGAACAUUAAAUGUGACCCAAUACUCGCUCUGGAAAUCAACAAGCAGCGCAAAAUUGUAAAAUGUGAAGUGAGAAGGCAACUCAAUUUAUUGGGCUCUGAGCAGCUGCCCAGGUUAGACCUGCCACUUCUAGGUACACUCUGCCAAACCACUUGCCUGAUAUUUCCCAAGAUAAUCCUUCAGGGUUCGGAGCACCCACCUUAUAUUGAACUACUAGACCAGCUGAUCGGCCAAGGUUUCACAGUGACAGGGUUACGACUCACCGUGUUCAACAAAUCCCAGGCUCAUCUUGUCUCUGAGAUACUGAGCAUGACAAAGUGCAAGGUUUCAGCAAUGUGCUCUGUCUUAAUGGAUGGUCCAUGCCUGGUGUUAGCAGCACAGCGAGACAAUGCUGUUAUUUGUUUUGACUCCUUGCUGGACAGUGUUUGCUGGCAGAACCAGGCUGUAGUGGAUUGUAUGAAGCAUCUUCUGUAUCCCCAAACUGAGAAGCAGGCUGAAAAGCUGCUAAGCUGCCUUUUUGACUCCUUGACAUCUGACAGCAUCCACCGGAUUGAGACCUAACUGGAAUUUAAUCUGCCUGAGCAGCAAACCUGCAGAGAGCCCAGGGUGGGUAGCAGUAAAGAAGCCUAGAUAUUUAGUGGGUUAAACAGCUUUGUCAUCUGUUUGUUAUUAAAAGGUUGAGUAUGA